AGGGAGUGGACUAGCUCAGAGGAAGAGGAGUAGUCUGUAAGGAUUUGCAGGCAGGGGUGGGGUGUGAAAGGCAACGUCAGAAGAUCUGAACUCCUGGUGAGAGCACAAGGUACCUUCCCUCCCUUCCAGUCCCAGAAUCAGGCUCUCUCCAGUGCUGGGAUCAGGUGUUUGGCAGGACCUUACCCUUCCACUGCUGGGACUGCAGGACAUCUCCCCCCCACUGACAGUCCUGGGAUCAGACUACAGGACUUCUUAUCCUUUCAUUCCCAGGAUCAGACUACAGGACUUCUCUCCCUUCAAUUCCCAGGAUCAGACUACAGGACUUCUCCCCCUCUCCCUUCAAUUCCCAGGAUCAGACUACAGAACUUCUCCCCCUUCCACUUCCAGUACCGGCAGGACCUCUCCCUUCUGAUCUCCUGACAGGAUGCUGCAAAUGGCCUACGACUACUUCUGGUCGCAUCGGCUGUGGCUGCCGAAGAACGUAACCUGGGCUGACCUUGAGGAUAAGGAUGGUCGCGUAUACGCCAAAGCUUCCGACCUGUACAUCACCAUCCCCCUGGCCUUUGUCUUCCUCGUAGUGCGAUACGUCUUUGAAAUUUAUGUAGCCACUCCAAUGGCCAGGCUAAUGGGGGUAAAAGACAAGGUGAAGCUGCGAGCUGCCCACAGUCCGACGCUGGAGACCUUCUAUGCAAGCUCUUCAAAACAUCCCAAACAGAGUGAUUUGGAGAACCUAUCAAAGGCCAGUAAAUUUACCGUGCGUCAGGUGGAAAGAUGGUUUCGGCGGAGGAGAAACCAGGACCGGCCGAGUUUAGAAAAGAAGUUCCGUGAAGCCUGUUGGAGAUUCACCUUUUAUCUUGUUGCUUUCAUUGCUGGCAUUGCAGUCCUUGCAGACAAGCCCUGGUUCCAUGAUCUCCAUGAAGUUUGGAGGGAUUUCCCUAGACAGACUAUGCUGCCCUCACAGUACUGGUAUUAUAUGAUAGAACUGGGCUUCUACUGGUCUCUCCUGUUCAGAGUGGCAUUUGAUGUUAAGAGGAAGGAUUUCAAGGAGCAGAUCAUCCACCACGUGGCCACUAUUAUUCUGAUCAGCUUUUCAUGGUGUGCAAAUUACAUUCGAGUGGGCACUUUGGUCAUGGUCAUUCAUGAUUCCUCGGACUUCUUCUUGGAGUCUGCCAAGAUGUUUAACUACGCCGGCUGGAUAGACGCUGGCAACAAUAUAUUUGUGGUGUUUGCUUUAGUGUUCAUCAUUACAAGAAUCAUCAUUCUUCCUUUCUGGAUCUUGCACUGUACCUGGGUCUACCCCUUAGAGAUUUACGCGCCGUUUUUCGGAUACUAUUUCUUCAACGUCAUGCUGUGGGUCCUGCAGUGCCUGCACAUUUUUUGGGCUUAUCUCAUUCUCGGCAUGGCACACAAGUUCCUGACGGGCAAGUUGGAGGAGGAUGCAAGAAGCGACCCUGAUGAAACCGAUAUUCCAGAUGAAGAAGACGAGGAACCUUCCAAGAAUGGGUCUGUGUCCAAUGGCCAUUCAUUGCAUAACGGUCACCACAAAGCGGAUUGACCAAGGACUAGACGCCAGGCUGCGUUUCCCUCGGAUAGUUUUCCUGGGGAUUUAAUGAUAAAUAAUAUCCUUUCCCUGAUUAACACUACUGAAUUUCCUUGCCAUCAUCUCAAAAAAAAAAAAGACUUUGUAAGAACAUCUCAAAGACAAAACAGGUCCACCUUCCUACUGAGCCUUGGGACGUGGAUCACUGGAGCUUCUCCGUGAGGACAAUUUUUAAACACGUUGAUGGCUUUUUACUAUGAAAAUGAUCCCUCUCCCUCAAAUUUAUCAAUAAUUUAAUACAAACAUAUGAAGUUCCUCUCAUUCUUUCACCCCUUGGCCAAAAGUGCCUGCUGCUUUUUUUUUUUUUUUUGGAGAGAAGGUCAAAUGGAUGACACCAAAGACCUUUUCUGUGAAGAUCGCUUGCCUUUGCCUCUUGUGAACCACUGAUGUACAUUCCAGAGAUGACGUUGUUCUCAAAUUGCUACGUAUGUGGACCAAAGAACAAGUUGAAUGACCUGGAUAAAGUGAAGGUGAUUUUUUUUCCUUGCCAAAUGAUGUCGCGUUUUGACAUCCAUCACCAUUGUUGGAUGGAUUGAACCACUGAUUUUUUUUUUUUUUAUGUUCUUUGUAAAAUUGGUGUGUCGUCUUUUCACCUGUGCCAGCCAUUUUGGAGGUGACAAUCGACGUGAAUAUGCUGCAUAUUCAGUUUGGCCACAGAACUUCCUUGUCUGUUUUCCUUUUAUUUCAUUAGAUAGUCCUGUUUAUUAGCUGAUGUUUAUUUAUUACUGAUGUUGAUUUCCUAUCAUGUUUAAUGUUGCCCUACCAUAGAGCAAUCAGUAGCCAUUUAGAUUUACCGAUUUAUCACUGGUCUGUUUAAUCUUUGACUCAUGUAAUCCUGAGGAUGCAUACAAUUCUGAUGGACCUCAUCACACUUUGUACGACUUUGGAGUACAACUUUUAAAUGGGUGCAACUUAGAGGCGACUUGUCCCACUGCAAAGUCAAAUCCAUUGUUGUAUGUAAAACAUUUAGGUAUGACUUUUAUGCAACUUUUGAGGGUUGACAUUGAAGUGUCUAUCCCUCAAGUUGCAUUCAAGUCAGACCAAAGUAGGGCAUGAACUACUUUGAAGUCGCACAUGUAUGAAUGGUUAUCAUUCGAAAAACAUGGGAUACAACUUGCAUCCAACUUUAAUUUCCAAAGCCGCACAAGUGUGAAUGGGGGUGUAAGUCACGUCUAGGCAGCAAGCCAAGGAACAUGUGUUUGAGUUCUCGACCAUAUUAAAAGUUAUCUUUAUAUACC